AUGGCAAUAGUAAAGGAAGACGUAUCUGGCGGCUACGAUGUAUCGUUUGUAGAUUCACUUGAGAAAGACUACGAAUGUCCCAUUUGUCUGUUGGCUGUGAGAGAUCCAGUCCAGACUCCAUGCGGACACUCUUUCUGCAAGACUUGUUUCGACCAAGUAGCAGAACGACAAGGGAGGGGACGUGAAGUGGAAUGUCCGUUGGAUAAGGAAAAACUGGCUACAUCCGAGGUGUUCAAUGAUAUGAAAGUAAGGAGGAAAGUGCUGUCUCUUAAAGUCAAAUGUACUAACAAGUCAUCAGAUUCUGCAGAAGUGUGUGAAUGGAUAAGAGAGCUGAACUACUUGCAGGAUCACCAUAACGAGUGCAGGUUUGAGAUUGUCGGAUGUCCCAAAGAUUGUGGUAACAUCAUGCAACGAUGUGAUGUUACCAAUCACACGAUAUUUACAUGCCCUCGACGUCUUGUGACUUGUGGCAGCUGCAACAUGGAAGUUGAAAUGCGUGAUAUGGAGCAACACAAUAGUUUCUGUCCAAAGUUCUCUAUCAAUUGCAUGUUGGGAUGUGGAAAGAAAGUGGAAAGAAUAGACGGACAACUAGCUGACUGCUAG